AUGGGUAUAAAAUGUAGUAAACCAGAACAUCUUGAUGAUGAUCUGAAAGAUCCACAACCACAGAUACGUGCUUACCUUCAAUGUAACUAUGAUCCUCGAGGAAUGAUUCGAUAUUAUGGUAUUACUCGAGAUCCUCAAACAAAUGACUAUAUGGUCGUCAGUGAAUUUGCAAAUGGAAAUUUACAAACUUAUCUUAGACCAAUAGUGAUGUGUGAGGUUGCCACAGGAAUUCCCCCAUUUAGUAAUAGGCCUCACAAUUAUGACCUUGCUAUUGGUAUAUGUGAUGGAAUUCGUCCUCCUUUUAUUGAAGGAACUCCAAAAUCUUUUACAACUCUCGUUGAAAGAUGUUGGGAUUCUGAUCCAAUGAAUCGCCCCAGUGCUAAACAUAUAACUGAAAUGUUAUUUCGUUGGCACUUUAGUUUGGAACAAGGGAGAUCGACGGAUGUAUGCGAUUCUUUUCGUAAUUAUGACAUUAAUGUGAAUCCACGGCAGCAACAUCUUGAUAGAUUAAAUUGGAGAUUUCAUCCACAAGCAUGUUAUACGAGUAGGCUGCUUAAUUUUGUUAAUCUUCCUGAACCUACGAAUUUCUUUACUCGAUAUCGGUAUGAUUCUGCAUUUGGAAAAAGUCUCAAUAAAACAAAUUCUUAUAUUGACGAAAAAUUCGAGGACACACAUAGCCCUUCAAGCCCUUCAAGUUCUCAAGUUGAUCUUGAACAAUUAAGAACUCCCUCAAUGGCACUAUCAGAUCCUAUAUAUACAUCACUCCUGCGUAAACACUUUCGAGCAGAUAAAAUAUUUUUUAGUGAAUCAGAAAUCAGUUCAGACAAUGAAAGUUCUUAUUCACAAGAAAUUUCAGACGUAGCGUCAACGAGGUACUCCAGAGCAAUAUCCACCGAACUAGAACGUCGAGCAACACCUGAAGUAGGAGGUAAAACAUCACGAUACUCGUUAGCAUUAGUGGCUGAACUUCAACGAUGUACUACGUCAGAAAGUUGGGACAGGCAACAGCGGAAAGGAAAAAGUUAUACAAGGAAUAUGUCAUCGAAUAAUAAAAGACAGAAUAAUCUUAGAAAAAAUAUGUAUCAUAGAUAUGAUCAUAAUGUAUCUGAUAAAGCACGAAAAGAAAUGGUACAAACUUAUUAUUCUUCACGUAAACAUUCAACGAAAUCACCAUCAUCACAACUUUCGGAUCAACAAGGUGAUUAUGACGCAUAUCAGGAUUCUGAAAAAGAGAAUGAAGAAAGUAAAAAAAGUGUGGAAGAAAUUAAAAAUAUAGUAGAUCUGGAAAAUAUAGAUGUGUUACAAUUUGUUAGAAGACAACCUACUGUUCAACGAGCAGCAAGAAGAGAAAAAGCCACAUCUAUAUUCGUAACAAAAUUUGAUCAUAAAACAACCUCUGCAGAAUCAACGCCAAUUCCACCGAUUCGUGUAUAA